GGACGACGAUCGGGCCGCCGCGAAUCCUGUCAAAUACUUUCUUCCACUCGACACCUUCUCACUACCACCGAAGGCUUACAAAGGAACUUUUUUCCGCAUAUAAAAUAUGGCUCGCAGCCAUCGUUGUAUUCCAACUCACCCAUUAUGUCUCUUUUCCAAGCCGCCAGUGAUCCUCCUACCAAGCUCGGUAUCUAUCGUGUCCUGUCCUCUCGCGCAGGGGUGAGGGUGUCGCCUCUGGCCUUUGGAGCUAUGAGUAUCGGUAAUAAAGCCGAGAGCCAUGGCAUGCGCCCGAUGGAUAAGGAGUCUAGUUUCAAACUCCUAGACGCGUAUUUUGAUAUGGGCGGAAACUUCAUCGACACUGCGAAUAUGUACCAGGAAGAGACAUCCGAACAGUUCAUUGGUGAAUGGGCGGAGAAGCGAGGAAUACGAGACCAGCUGGUCAUCGCGACGAAGUACACAUCAAACUACAAGCGCGGAGACGACACUAUUGCACAGAAAGUCAAUUACGUUGGAAACAACACCAAGUCUAUGCAUAUCAGCGUAGAGGCGAGUCUUAAAAAGCUCCGAACGUCGUACAUCGACAUCCUAUACGUUCACUGGUGGGACUACGAGACGUCGAUACAGGAAGUCAUGGACAGCUUACACAAUCUCGUCGCGGCGCGGAAGGUUCUCUACCUCGGUAUCUCUGACACCCCCGCAUGGGUCGUUGCUCGAGCGAACCAGUACGCCAUGGAUCACGGGAAAACACCAUUCGUCAUCUACCAAGGUAAAUGGAGUAUCUUGGAGCGCUCGUUCGAGCGCGAUAUCAUUCCCAUGGCGAAAGAACUGGGCCUGGCGCUCGCUCCGUGGGCUGUUCUUGGGCAAGGGAAGCUGCGGACCGACGCGGAGGAACAGCGGAGGAGGGAGACGGGAGAGAAAGGGCGUAUGCUGUUUAAUCCGAAUUGGGAGCGUACAGAGGAGGAGGUGAAAGUCUGCAGGGCAUUGGAGAAAGUAGCAGGCGAAGUUGGGGUAGGGUCCAACGUCGCGGCGGUGGCGAUCGCAUAUGUGAUGCAGAAAACACCCUAUGUCUUCCCUAUCAUUGGAGGUCGAAAGGUGGAGCAUCUCAAGGCUAACAUAGAAGCACUGGACAUUUCGUUGUCCAAGGAGCAGAUCAAGUACUUGGAGAGUGUUAUGCCUUUUGAUCCUGGGUUCCCUCAGACGAUGGUUGGUGACGGAUCCAGUUAUUGUUUCCUCCUCGCGUCGGUCGCGAAGAUGGCGAAACUACCAGCGUUGCAACCUAUCAGACCAUGAAAAGUUUUGUUACCGCAUCGUUUCAUUGCCUAGAAGGUUAGAACGUUGCAGACGAAUAGUUAAGUUCUCAUGACAAUGAGGAGGGAACCAUUCUGUUUAUCAGUGCAUCGCAUGUAACGCUCGAGCUUAGACUGUAACACCGUUGGAACUACCUACUCUGAUAAUAAAGGAAUAUUUCAGGGUCCUUUAAUGGCAGC